AUCAAAUUUCAUACGAAACCUUUAUUUUGUUGUUUUCAAACUUUUAAUACAAAUCUUGAAACACACUUAAAUAAUUAUUGCAAAAAUAGUGUAAAAAACAAGCACUGUUUUAGAUGAAAAUUAUAUUCUGUUGAUAUAAAAUAUUUGUUUAUAACUUUUUACCUCAACUAUCUCACGAUAUGUAUGACGGCUGAUGAUUUUGGAGUUUGUGUAAAAAAAUACGAAAUUUUAGUGUAAUUUGAACCGAUUGUCUAUUUUACCCCCAAAGUCUGAUUAUGUUAAAAUUAUUUCCAAAACCUUUUUUUUUACAACACUCAAUUUUUUUUUCGAUCAAAUAUAUUCUUCUACACGGUCUUUAUUGGUUUAGGGUGUAAAAAAUUUAAUAAUUUGAAAAUAACUUACGAGAAAACCUUAGCAAUGAUGAGUCGACUUUACAUCAUUUUCGAUUUUUCACGUUAUUUUUAAAGUUUUUGCCGUUUUGAAGAGGUUUAAAUGUUCAAGAUCAGCAAAAGUAUAAUGAUUCAUGUUUAGGCAUAAGGUUCAAUCGUUAAAACAUGUUGAAAAACAAUAAAAGCCAUGAAACUGUACCCUGUCCAUUUUACCCCACCUGUCCACUUUACCCCCACCACCUACGUAAUUUUUUAACGUCCCUACCUUAAAAAUCUAAACAAAUGUAAUACUCUCGUAGAUUGACAUGUGCAUGAACUUUUGCAAAAACACUUGCGUUUUGUCAAUUGAAUAAAUUUUAUGACGUGGACCAAACUAUGCGCACUAGGUGGUCCAAAAUAGAAGCCAGAGUUCUUUCAGAAGUUUUGUAAUUUUUUAUACUUUACUACCAAAAUUUCGAGUUCUGUUCGACUCUAUUCGACAGAAAACAUGUUGCUCUUCGUGAUGCUCACUGAAAUUAUCGGUAUUUUAUAGCGAAAUCAUUCUUUUUUCACUUAAUUGUUCACCCACUUCCUUAAGGGCCCCAAAAUACCUCCCUUACACUAUACUUUCGGGUGCGUCUUGUCUCGCUUCCCUCUUUUUAGUACAAAGAUAAUUUUUACAAGUCUCCAUUUUGAUGGAACGUAAUUCGCAAUGGGCUGCAAAACGCAAAGUCAAUAACGAGAGCGUCAAACAUAGCUCCCCGAGUAGAAGUAAAAAUCAGAACAAUAUCAUCAUUUGAUAUUCCUCAGUGAAGUACUCAAGAUCAUAAUUAGCUAUUGGUUUGUUUGACAUAAGAGAUAAAAGAUCAAAAAUAAGAUCAAAAAUUAGUAUGGGGAAGAACAUAAUAAUAUCUCAUUUUGAUGUUAUAAGAUCAGACCAAUAUCUGGGGAGAUCUGGGCUGUAGCACAUCUAACCAAUAUCAUAAAAUGAUCUGACAGAUGGAUUAGAGUAAAAAAAAAAGAAAAAUGGUCACGACCAGAAUCGAACUUAUGACCUUGGGAUUUAUGAGCAGUGACAUUACCACUGCACUACGACUCAUAUCUGAAAAUAGGAGUCAAACAAGAGCAUCAAGUUCUUCGUUUUCUAAGGUGUUUGCGAGUCAUGUUAGUUGUGUUGGUUUGGUCCCGCCAUGUUGUAGAUGAGUGUGUGAAAGAACAAAAUAUGAUCUUGAAUAGUAGUUUUCAGAUCUUACAAUUUUCGGAAUAGAUAGAUGAAUGUGUCAAAGAACUGAUUUUGAUCUUGAGAAGUAAUUCUCAGAUCUUUCGAUUUCUGGAUGUUGCAGAUGGAAAUGUGAAGAGCUAAUUUUGAUCUUGAGCAGUAUUUUUCAGAUUUCUCAAUGAUAAAUGUUCUAUUGCAGAAUAUUAAUACAGUUUCCACCCAAAAUUUGCGAACUGACGUGAUGGUAUGGAAAAUAAAAAUGAAUUAAGGCUCAAUUAGGAAUUGCAUAUUUUCUUAAACUAAAAACGACAUGCGUAGAAACAUGUUUGGUUUAUUUUGCGCCUAAAAUAGGACGAAUUUCCACUAAUAGGACGCAAUCAGUGAAGUACUAGAUUGUAGUAAUGAGCUGAAUUUUUGUAUGGUGAGAAGGUAAAUUCUCAAUCUCUGCAACGAAAUGACGCAAAAAGCCUGGCUAUUCCUAAUGGCCCUGAUUCCUUGCCUAACCUAAUGCUGUUUGAGCAAAACUUUAGGUAACUGUCUUAUUGUUUUCUUCAUUUCUUGCAACAAAGUUUUCCAAAGUUUUAUUCCAACAGCACCAAAUAAGGCAAGGAAUCAUCGGGAUCCAGCUCCAAGCAAAUAUCGAUUAUAUGCAUUUUUUUGUGCCGAUUACCCUUUUUUUUAUUUGUUCAAUUGCCUCAUCCAUAAGCCCGCUUAUUGAAAAUGAAGGCCAUUUCUACUGCCUUUUUGUCCCAGUGCUCGUUUGUAAAAUUUGUGGUGUACACAAGGGAACAUCUAUUUAUUAUGAAACGCUAAAUUCGAUAUGUUUGAACUCGGUGGUUGGUUCAUUAGGAUUUGGCGGAAUCCAUAAUGUGCUUUUGUAUGAUAACUCUAACUUUUUGUAUAGGUCGUAUUCCCUAUUCCCCUGGAGCGUUACGGAAUUUAUUAAACCCCUAACGGAAUUUACCUGAAGCGUUACGUUAUUUGGGGACGGCGCAUAAUGAAAGUUGAAAACUUAAAAUAGUUUUCAUGCGCAAUGUUGGGAAAUUUCGACAUUUAUACAGCGGGUUGCACUAGGCUUUCAAAAGAUCAAAUUAAGUACUAAUAUUGAAAUCAUAUCACGAUGAGAUAUUGAGCAGAUAUUUGGCAACUUUUUGAAUAUCUCAUCAAUAUCAUAUUAAGAUAUGACAUCAAAAUUUGAUCGUUUUAAGAUAUGAUUAUGAUAUUCACGUCUACCCGGGCUGGUCCUCACAAGUUCCUACCUCAUGCUUCCACGGGUCAAGCAAUGACAAAAACCACCAGCUAAGAGUUGCUUAGCUGAUAGUGCAGCCUGGGCACUGUUGUCCUUCUGACUUCAGCUAGAUUGAGGAGGUACGACCCGAGAGCGUCUGUUCACCAAGGAGUUGCGGCUUAAACAGCGUCUGUUCUGGCAUCCAGCGGCUGAGUAAGAAACGCUGCAUCAUGCCCAGCUAGAUCCAAGGUGGUAGCCCCAUCAACGUGGUCGUCCCAUUGUUGGUUGGGACGUUAAACAGAACUGGCACGAUGGCCCUCCGGCGGGACAGGAGUGUUGGCGUAGGCCCAAUAAGCCACCCGUAAAAAUCCCCAUUGCGAAUAACAUAGGAGAAAAUACGACUCGAUACAAUCGGACGUCUUCCACGUUCAGUAAUCUAAAUCAAGAUCUGUGUGGACAACAAAUCCGUCGAGAUGGCCACCCUGGUCGCAUAACUUCAGCACUUGUCAAUCUGACAGGUCUAGAUAUAAGCAUAUAGUUGAAUGACAAAUCAAAAUGUCAAAACCUUUCCUAUUAGAUAAUGUGCCACGCUACAAGAAACAUUGAAUUCGCCGAUACAACUAUAUUUUCUCUUUGAAUUAUUGCCUAAAUUAUAUGCCAUACAGUUGUAAAAAACAGAGUUCUUUGGUCAGCUAUUAAAACUAAAAAUUAUAGAAAACACUGAAAAGUAAGAGAACUGACCUAACCUAUAUUAUACUUAUUUAACUAUUCUAAUCUUAUUCUAGUUUUGAAGCAUCGCUGGAUUAAAGUGCUAUCAAAAAUCAGUUAGUUUUUCUUCUCCGCUGAUCGAAAGAACAAACUUCAAAAUUUUCAAUGUCGGAACCACAUACACCGGAGGUUGAGGUCGAACCAGCCUGUAACUACGCGGCAUGCGAGCACCCGGACAAAGCAGGAGAAUUCGUUCAGUGUGAUAAAUGUGGUUCGUGGUGGCACUUUACUUGCGCCGGUGUCACCGGAUCUAUCGCGGACAGAGCUUGGUCAUGCUCGAAGUGCACCACAACAUCGAUUAUCUCUCCGGGUGGUGAAGGCUCUGCAAGUGCUUUAGCUCGAAACCUAACCCUGCUCAGAGAACGGCACGAGCGCGAGAAGAAAAGGAUGGAGUUAGAGUUGCAACGGAAGUUUCUCGACGAGCAACAGCGCUUAUUGGACAUAUCGGCGGCAGAAGAUGUCGGAAGUACAGGUUCUAGGGUGUUGAACGACUGGUUAAACGGUCACGAAGGAGAAGAAGGCGCGGUAGGAGGUACAGCAAACCCGCCAGCAGCCUCUCAAAUUCAGCCACCAGGGAUUCCCAAAGAACCAGAUGCAGUACAGGUGAUCAAAGAUUUGCAGGCGCAGCUCGCCCAUUAUCAGCGCGCGUCUGUGAUGCCACCACCGCCUCAAAACCAACUAAGCGAGUUGAAUCGUCAGCUAGAACUCUGUAGGGCACAGCUAGAAAAACUCAACAUUCCCGAUUCGCGCCCAGCUGCAGGAAGGCCGAAUGCUACAUCUACGCCGCCAUUCAACGAUCCAUGUGUUCCGUUUAAUACUGAACGGCCGUUACAGCUGCCACGGUUAUUUUCGCAAGGAGUUGUUCCCAAGCAUAUUCCCCGACAAGCGGUAAGUAGGCCCGAACCAGUACCGCUGGAUAGCUCGGUGCCGCCUGCUUUCGCCGAACUGCGGCGCCCUCCGAUAGCGCAUCCAGUCAAUUCAAGCGGCAUAGAAGGAUCCAACAAUUCCGUUGGAAACCCACAGUAUCGUAGGCUCGGGAACUACGUACCACCAAUUGUAGGACCAACUCAGCAGCAACUCGCGGCUCGUCAAUCGCUCGGGCGCGACCUUCCGGUGUUUUCAGGAAACCCCGCUGACUGGCCGAUAUUUAUAUCGAACUACAAUUACACCACUGCCGCUUGCGGAUUCACCGAUGGGGAGAAUAUGCUUCGGUUGCAAAGAUGUCUUAAAGGCGCCGCGUUAGAGAGCGUCCGAAGUCGGCUGGUAUUGCCAGCAGCAACUCCUCAAGUCAUCGAAACGCUCAGGAUGCGUUAUGGGCGACCAGAACUUUUGAUUAACGCUCUACUCGAGAAGGUUCGAUCAAUCCCGGCGCCGAGAUCGGAUAGACUGGACGGACUCAUCGAGUUCGGCGUAGCGGUACAGUCAUUAUGUGACCAUAUAGAGGCUGCUAACGAACACGACCACUUGUCGAACCCGUCACUCGUGCAGGAGCUAGUGUCGAAACUGCCUGCCGAUCAAAAACUGAUGUGGGCGGGAUACAAACGUGGUGUUCCGAUAGUAAACUUGAAGACAUUCAGCGACUACAUGAUGGAAGUGGUUCAAGAUGCAUCCAGCGUGAUUUCGUUUGAACCAGAAGUUCGGAAACCAGCUAAGAAGGUCACGUCGAAGGGCUUCAUAAAUUCACACAAUGCUGACGUCCCUGAAGAGGCUUCAGGACCCAAGGUCGCUAAACAAAGAGAAUGUAUGGUUUGCAGCAAAUCGGGUCACUAUGUGAAGGAAUGUGGUAUCUUCAAAGCGUAUACUGUCGAUGAACGAUGGCGCAAGGUUCGAGCCUUAGGAUUAUGCCAGAAUUGCUUGUUCGGGCACGGAAGGCGCUCUUGCCGAAUUGCAAGCCGGUGUAAUGUCGAUGGAUGCCAGUUACGUCACCACUCUUUGCUACAUUCGGCGCAGCGCCUGACCCAAGUCGUUGAAAACCAUACCCACCAGCUGAUGGGUUCGAAGGUGCUUUUCCGGAUAAUUCCGGUAACUUUGCACGGUCCGGCUGGAGCAAUAGACACAUUUGCCUUUUUGGAUGAAGGAUCGUCCCUCACUUUGAUUGAAAGUGAACUGGCAAACCAACUCGGCGUACAUGGACAUUCGCGGUCUUUGUGUCUUCGUUGGACUGGCAAUACAUCUAGAGUCGAACAUAAAUCCCAAGCAGUGACCGCCGUCAUAUCCGGAAGUAGCAUGAAACAACGCUAUACACUGCGGGACGCACAAACGGUGGAAUCCCUCAAUCUCCCAACGCAAACUUUCCUGUUUGAUGAGGCGUUGAGACAAUUCGGGCAUCUUAAAGGGCUCCCGAUACAAAGCUACCAUAACGCGAAGCCGAAGAUUUUGAUAGGCGUUGACAACCUGCGCCUUGCCGUGCCAUUGAGGAUUAAGGAGGGGCUUGGCUCCGACCUUAUCGCAACUAAAACGCGUCUAGGGUGGUGUGUGUAUGGUCGUCAACAAGGGAAGACCAGAAGCGAGUAUAGUCUACACAUAUGCGAAUGUUCGUGCGAUGACAAAUUACAGGAUUCGCUCAAAGAAUUUUACGCCAUAGAGGAGGUUGGCGUGAAACCUCCAGAAGCGAUAAUGUCGAACGACGAUCGUCGCGCUUGGGAUUUGAUGAAAACCAUUACCAAGCGCGUUGGAAACCGCUACGAGACGGGUCUUCUUUGGAUUAAGGAUGACAUCGAGUUCCCACAGAGCUACGGAAUGGCAGUUAGAAGACUUCAAUGUUUAGAGCGACGGAUGGAGCGAAAUCCCAAACUAAAGGAGAACCUACAUCGACAGAUCGCUGAAUACCAGGAGAAGGCAUAUGCUCACAAGGUCACGCCAGGAGAACUCAGCAAAGUGGAUGCAAAGAAGAUAUGGUUUCUUCCUAUCGGCGCCGUAAUCAACCCCAAAAAACCGGACAAGGUCCGAAUCGUUCUGGAUGCCGCGGCUAAAGUGAAGGGUAUGUCGCUCAACAGCUUUCUUCUAAAGGGUCCUGAUCAGUUAGUUUCCCUUCUUGCUGUUUUCUUCAAUUUCCGUCUCUUUGCUGUAGCGGUUACAGCAGAUAUUCGGGAAAUGUUCCACCAGCUGCGAAUACGCCAGGUGGACAAAUAUGCGCAAUGCUUUCUAUGGCGAGCAGCGCCUACAGACGAGCCGGAAACAUAUGUAAUGGACGUGGCUAUAUUUGGGGCCGCCUGCUCACCAGCAUUGGCCCAGUAUGCCAAGAACACGAACGCCAUAGAACACGCUGACAGAUUCCCAAGAGCUGCUCAAGGGAUUCUCAAAAGUACGUACGUUGACGACUACUUGGACAGCUUUGGGAGCGUCGAAGAAGCGAAAAAGAUCGCCACGGAAGUCCGGAUGAUCAACGAACACGGAGGUUUUGAUUUGCGCAACUGGAGAUCCAAUAGUCGAGCUGUCAUGGAGCACAUGGGGGAAACCGAAGUAACCCAUGAACAGAAAAUAUGUCUGUCCGAAGAUCGACGACCGAAUGCCAGUCUGGAAACUGAGCGGGUGCUGGGGAUGUUAUGGGACCCGUCGAAGGACGAACUGUUUUUCUGCACACGUAUGAACGACGAAACGACGAGCUUGAUCAACGAAGGUGCCAGGCCGACAAAGCGACAAAUUUUGCGAUGCGUAAUGUCACUUUUCGACCCUCUUGGCCUGCUUUCUCCAUUCGUAAUACAUGGAAAGAUCCUCGUACAAGACCUGUGGAGAGCCGGGUUAGAAUGGGAUGAACCAGUAGGAGAUGGGGCGUUUCUACGUUGGCGUAAGUGGAUCGAUGCGAUGGAAUGGGUGGCAACUAUACGAAUUCCACGCUGUUACUUCGCCCUCGCAACCGAGUGCACCUAUUACAAUGCACAGUUGCACGCGUUCGCAGAUGCGAGUCCGUCCGCUUACUCGUGCGCCGUAUAUUUGAGAAUUGUCGGGCAAGAUGGUAUUGUACAAUGCACGUUGGUAGCCGCGAAAGCGAAGGUGGCACCGUUAAAGCCACUUUCCGUUCCGAGACUUGAGCUCCAAGCGUGCGUUCUUGCUGCUCGUCUAAUAAAGUUCGUCGAAACGAACCAUCCAAUCGUUGUCGCUAAAAGAUUUUUGUGGACUGAUUCUCGAACGGCGUAUUCUUGGAUUAGAGCAGACCCCCGUAAUUAUCGACCUUUCGUUGCUCAUCGAGUAGGUGAAAUUUUGGAAACGACGCAAAGUAACGAAUGGCGAUGGCUUCCGUCAGAAGAAAAUCCGGCCGACGAAGCCACGAAGUGGGGAAGCUGUCCCUACGUCAACGCGGACAGUCAAUGGUUCAGCAGUUCCCGGAUAAUGUACCAGCCUGAAGAACAAUGGCCAGACCCUGCGGUGCCCCACGUCGACAUUGAGGAUGAAAUUCGUCCUUGUGUACUGCACCAUGUCGAGGUUCAUCACAUCAUAGAGUACGAACGAUUUUCUAAAUGGGAAAGGCUUCGAAAUACAAUGGUCUACGUUCUACGAUUCAGGAAUAACAUCGACAAGCGGCGCUUGAGGACGGUCGGAUCACCAUCGCAGCAGGAGUUGAAAACCGCUGAAGAAGCGAUUAUAAGGAUGGUACAGCUUGAAGCCUAUCCCGAUGAGGUGGCUAUAAUCGGGAAAAAUAGUUCGCUGCCAAGGGAAAAGCAACAGCAUUUACACAAAUCCAGCUCGAUACAUAAGUUAGUGCCCUUUAUGGACGAAUGUGGCAUCCUUCGGCAAAACAGCAGAAUAGCCGCCGCUGAACAAGCCGCCUUCGGACUUCGCUUCCCUAUGAUCUUGCCGAAACAACACCUCGUCACCAAACUGAUAGUUGAACAUCACCACCGCCGCUUCAGGCAUGCCUUUGCCGAGACAGUGGUAAACGAACUCCGCCAAACCUACGCUAUACCCAAGUUACGAUCCUUAGUGCGUCUCGUGUCACGGGCGUGCCUAAUCUGUCAGCUGAAAAAAUCUCGCCCCGCCGUCCCUCCUAUGGCUCCUUUGCCACCAGCGAGACUAGCUGCUUUCGUACGCCCCUUUAGUUACGUGGGCGUAGACUAUUUUGGCCCUCUACUUGUAAAGCUUGGGAGGUCAAAUGCCAAAAGAUGGAUUGCUUUAUUCACAUGCUUAACCGUGAGAGCAAUCCACCUUGAAGUAGCUUUCAACUUAUCGACGGACUCCUGCAUCUCGUGUGUCCGACGCUUUGUGUGCCGUAGAGGUUCGCCGAUCGAGUUCAUUUCCGAUAACGGCACGAAUUUUCGCGGUGCGGACCGAAUAUUGCGUAAUCAGAUCAAUAGUGGACUAACGGCUACUUUCACUAAUUCAUGUACCAAAUGGAGCUUCAAUCCACCAGGGGCGCCCCACAUGGGCGGCGCCUGGGAAAGGCUGGUACGCUCAGUGAAAUCGGGAAUGGAAGGCGCUUACUCGGAGGGCAAACUAGACGACGAAGGGCUCCAGACUCUGAUCCUUGAGAUCGAAAGCAUUGUCAACGGAAGACCGUUGACUUAUCUACCGCUCGAAUCAGCAGAAUCGGAAGCCCUCACUCCUAAUCAUUUUUUGUUGGGCAGUUCCAUGGGGACUAAGGUACCUUCGGUGGAAAUACCAACUGCGCUACAAGUGCGGGGUUCCUACGAUAUGAUUCAGCGCCAAUUGAACCAUUUUUGGGUGCGCUGGGUGAAAGAGUAUCUGCCGGUGAUCAGAAGGCAACCAAAGUGGUUUUUGGAAACCAAGCCUGUACGGAAGGGUGAUCUAGUACUUAUCGCCGACGAAGGAUCAAGAAAUGGCUGGAUACGAGGAAUGGUCCAAGAGGUUACGGAGGGCAUCGAUGGACGAAUACGCCAAGCGACGGUGAAGACUUCGAGCGGAAUCCUACGUAGGCCAGUAUCGAAACUCGCCGUUUUGGAUGUAAUCAACGGAAGUGCAGUCUCGGAGGAUGUCCAGAUGCACUCGGGGGAGGAUGUGGACAACAAAUCCGUCGAGAUGGCCACCCUGGUCGCAUAACUUCAGCACUUGUCAAUCUGACAGGUCUAGAUAUAAGCAUAUAGUUGAAUGACAAAUCAAAAUGUCAAAACCUUUCCUAUUAGAUAAUGUGCCACGCUACAAGAAACAUUGAAUUCGCCGAUACAACUAUAUUUUCUCUUUGAAUUAUUGCCUAAAUUAUAGUGAGUUUGAGUAUCUUUUCUCUAUUAUGUUGCUAAAUAUAUAUUUCACUUUCAGUGCCAUACAGUUGUAAAAAACAGAGUUCUUUGGUCAGCUAUUAAAACUAAAAAUUAUAGAAAACACUGAAAAGUAAGAGAACUGACCUAACCUAUAUUAUACUUAUUUAACUAUUCUAAUCUUAUUCUAGUUUUGAAGCAUCGCUGGAUUAAAGUGCUAUCAAAAAUCAGUUAGUUUUUCUUCUCCGCUGAUCGAAAGAACAAUCUGGUAUCGCAUCUAAUGUGUUCUUGCCCUCAAGGAUUUCUUUCUAAAGUAAGGAGUUUCGGAUCCAGUCAUGACAAGUAACAUUUUUUGUUUUUGAUCGACUUUAUUAGAAUUUCGUUUCAUUUUCCGAUUAUGUUUAUAUUUAAUUAUUUUUAUUUAUUUUUUCGAAACACUCAACUUCUUCAAUACCUAUUCCCAAUUUCCCCACCCCGUUAAAAGAUACUCUCCUCGCGAUUUCGUACUUCAGUGUCAUCUCCGUUCGAAACCAUUCAGGUAUACCGUUGCUCGUAUUUACAACUAAGAAAAAUAUGGUAAUUCGUACUCGUGUGUUCAUCGUUUGUACACUAAAUAGAAAG